AUGCUGCGGCUCCCCAGGGGAGUGUCCCCCGCCCCGGGGAGAGGGGGCACCACCUUCCCGCACCCCCCUCCUCCCCAUCACCCGAAGAAGGUCAUGUCGGUGAUGGGCUCCGUGGAGCAGGGGACUUCCAGCCUUGGUAGCCCCCUGUUAUCCACCGGCUGCAUCACCCAGACCUAUGCACUGGGGGCUGUCAGCGUCCCCCCUUUCAGGGGUGGGGGUCUUUAUGCCACCCCCCAAGGACCCCAGCUCAGGACUCUCUGCUCGGCCUCGGCGGGACGGCUACCGGCCAAGAGGAAGCUGGACCUGGAGGGCCCUGAAUUUCGCACACCAAAGGGGAAGGGCAGGACACUGGUGCAGGUCCCCAGCCCCAGGACCCCCAGGUCUCCCGGGGAGAGGAGUCGCUACCACACGUCCCUGGGGCUGCUCACCAAGAAGUUCCUGCGCCUGCUGAGCGACUCCCCCGAGGGCGUGGUGGACCUGAAUGGCGCGGCCGAGGUGCUGGGCGUGCAGAAGCGCCGCAUCUACGACAUCACCAACGUGCUGGAGGGCAUCCAGCUGAUCUGCAAGAAGUCCAAGAACCACAUUCAGUGGAUGGGCACAGGCAUGUUCCAGGAUGCGGCGGUGGCGGCCAAGCAGCAGGCACUGCAGGGAGAGCUGGCACAGCUGGGCAGGGGCGAGAGGAGCCUGGACCAGCUCCUGCAGAAUGCCAGCUGGCACCUCCGGCAGCUGAUUGACAACGAAGCCAACCAGAGGCUGGCCUAUGUCACCUACCAGGACCUCCGUGCCAUCAGCCACUUCCAGGAGCAGACGCUGAUUGCUGUGAAGGCUCCUCCAAAGACACAACUGGAGGUGCCAGAUUUCAGCCAGGACAACUUCCAGCUCUACCUGAAGAGCACCAAUGGCCCCAUCGAGGUGUACCUCUGCCCGCAGGAGAUCACAGAGGAGAGCCACACCAAGAAUCGUGGUGUCCCCUCCACUGACACCCCACCAUGGGACCAUGCCUCGCCCCCUUCCCUGCCAAAUAGCCUUGGUCCAGCCCCACAGACACCCUACAACUGGGGGGGCACAGGAACCCCUUCCUCACCUUCCUCUCUGCCUCUCACCAUCCCAGGGGUGUCCAGCUCACUGCUGGAGGUGGAAGCUGGGCUGCUGGGCUCCCCCCAGCCCCUCCUGCAGCAGACGGAGGACCAGCUGCCCCGCACCCCUCCACACCUGGACUCAGGCUCCUUUGUCACCUUCUCACCUCCCCUGGAGCAGGAUGACUUUCUCUGGGGGCUGGAGGGGGAGGGCAUCAGUGACCUCUUUGAGGCAUAUGACCUGGGAGACCUCCUGAAUGCCUGA